UGAAGUUUGCCCGGAGUGGAUGCCGGCGCCUGGGGGUGGGGCGCGCGGCGCCGGGAUGAAUGGAGGCCGCGCGGGCCGACCCGGAGCCGCGGGCAGCCGCGCCGGUGGGCGGCCCAGCCCGCCUCCCCCUCGCUCAGCCCGCCUUCCUUCCAGAAAGUCCCACCCUGCUGCCGCUGCUGCCGCUGCUGCUGCUGCUGCCGCUGGGCCGCCCGGCGCUCGGCGCUGCCCCGCGCCUCAUCUGCGACAGCCGACUGCUGGAGAGGUACAUCCUGGAGGCCAAGGAGGCCGAGAACGCCACGAACGGUUGUGCAGAAGGUCCCAGACUAAGUGAGAACAUUACAGUCCCGGACACCAAAGUCAACUUCUACGUUUGGAAAAGAAUGGAGGUGGAGGAGCAGGCUGCAGAAGUGUGGCAGGGCCUGUCCCUGCUGUCAGAGGCCGUGGUGCGGGGACAGGCCCUGCUGGCCAACUCCUCGCAGGCGCCGCAGCCCCUGCAGCUGCACGUGGACAGAGCGGUGAGCGGCCUGCGCAGCCUCGCUGCCCUGCUCCGAGUGCUGGGCGCCCAGCCCUCCUCCCGACAGCAGGAAGCGGAGUCAGCCCCCGAGGCCAGCCCGCUGCCCCCGCUCCGAACGCUCUCUGCGGAUUCUUUCUGCAAACUCUUCCGGGUCUACGCCAACUUCCUCCGGGGGAAGCUGAAGUUGUACGCGGGGGAGGCCUGCCGGAGAGCGGCCAGGUGAGCGCCGCCUGCUCGCCCUCGCUCGCCAGCGCCCACCGCCCCCAGCUCACCCUCCUCGCCAGCCAUGGGCACGCAGCAGCAGCCGCGAAGCCCGGGGGCCGGGAACCUUCCAGGCGCCCUUCUGAGGUCAGAGGUGGCGCCUGAGGCAGGGCAGCUCUGGAGGAUCAGCUGGCUGGCUCCCGUAGCCCAGGCUGGCCCACGUAGCCCGGGCUGGCCCCGACCACUCUGAACUCCGGAUCUCCUGCUCCCGUUCCCCCAGGGCCGAGGUUACAGGCCCCUCCCCGUUGCGGGGUGCUGGAGAUGUACGCUGGGCAAGCCCCGUGUCAAGGGACCUGCACCCCGGAGUGGCCCGGACUCAGGGACAGACACAGUUCACUCAGCUGCAGCCCCACCUCCCCGGGGUCGUCCUUGUAGCAUCUAGGGACGCUACCUGGACCGGAGGAUUUAGGGGGGCAGGGCACGACCCUCGGG